CUUUUUGGAACCAGCGACGCCGAGCGUGGCAGCCCGAGCGACGAGAGCGAUGGAGCCUCCGAGACCGCAAAAGCGCGCCGCUUCGAGCGCCUUUGCCACGACGCAGCCUCGCAGAUCACGCCUCUCCAGCGUGCGAUACAAACUCCAAGUACACGGCGCGCGGCGAUGGCUUGAACGCCUUUACAGCCCUCGGCGGCGCAAGUGAUCUUGAUGCUUCAGAAAACGAAUUCGCAUGUCCCUCUACGACCCGCUCUACCACCAGAAGCGCGCUGCAAAGCUCGCCGAUGCCAAGUUGGCGGCCGAAGAUGCCCUCAUGCGGAAGCCAAGCCCGACGGCGGCCUUGAACCUUGGUUCGCGUGCCACCGCGUUCGGGCGCAGCAAGACCCCGACGGUUGUCCGCCAGCGCGCGGCUCCAACUGUCCCGGUGACUGCGCGAUCGACGAUUCGGUCGACGCAAACGCCCGCCACGACGGCGGUGCAACCUCUGACGGCAAGCAGCCGCACCUCGACCACCGCCGCGCAGCGUCGCACACCGGUGACGAGCGUCGCGACUGCUCCGUCAAGUACCACCACGGAUGCCAUGCCUGCUAGCGCGGCAUCGACGACCACGACUGAGGCGAUCCUCGGUCAGCUGCGUUCGGAAGUAGCAACUCUCCAAGCGCAGGUCGUCAUCCUCCAAGCCAGCCUCAACGCGUCGAUGGACACGGCCAAGACACGCACCUCGGAGCUUGAUCUUGCCCAUGCCCAGCACGACGCUGAUCUCGAGACGCUUGGAACUCAACUUCAGGCCUCGCGCGAUGUCGUUGCGCAUCUCGAGGAAUCACUCGAAGUUUCGGAGCACGCAACUGCGACCGGUGCCUCGGACCUCGCUCUUGCUCGCUCGGAGCUGGCUGCAUCCCGAGCGCAGCACGACGACGACAUCAAGGCCCUCAAGGGCAACCUUGAGGAGGCGCGUCAAGCGGCUUUGGCCGGCGCCUCGGAGCACGAAGCGGUCGUCCAGGCGCUCCAUGUCGAGCACGAGAAGGCGCUAGCCGCCAAGGGUGCCGAGUUUCGAGACAAGUACGAAGAUGCUGUACGCGGCCGCCGUGUGGUUUGCCCUGCUUGCAGCGACGUCGAUGAAUGGAGUCAGUGGGCCGUCUUUGAUGGGCCGCUUCUCGAAGAUACGGACUUUGACAGCGACAUGGAGAGCUUGAAGCAGAACGCAAGGCUUACGAGGCGCUCAAAGCGCAAGCCGACGAUGCAGCUGCCCGCGCCGCAUCGAACGAGCUGCGCCUCGAGAACAAGAUCUUGA